AUGGAGACAUCCAUGCCCAGGCCCAGCUCUGAUGGGGCUGACCUGAGGACGGCGGGGAGGUGCCCGGAGUUCCCCUUCAGUCUCGCCUCGGCUACGGAGGUGCCUCGGAGCGCAAGCGCGGGCUCGCACAACCGCUCCCUCGCGGUGCUUUUCUCCAGCCCCGAGCCCGCUUUCUUGCCAACGGCAGUCUACUCCCUGGCGGCCGCGGCCUGCUUGGCCGCAGUGGUGGGCUUCCUGAUCCUCGUCACCAUCGUGGGAAACGUGCUGGUGGUGGUGGCGGUCCUGACCAGCUCCGCGCUGCAGGCGCCGCAGAACCUCUUCCUUGUCUCCCUCGCUAGCGCCGACAUCUUAGUGGCCUCACUGGUCAUGCCCUUCUCCUUGGCCAACGAGCUCAUGGGCGGCUGGUACUUCGGCCAGGCCUGGUGCAAUAUCUACCUGGCGCUGGACGUCUUGUUCUGCACGUCCUCCAUUGUGCACCUCUGUGCCAUCAGCCUGGACAGAUACUGGUCUGUCACACAGGCCGUGGAGUACAACCGCAAGCGGACCCCUCAGCGCAUCAAAGGGAUCAUUCUCCUGGUCUGGCUGAUCUCCGCCAUCAUCUCCUCGCCCCCGCUGAUCUCCAAAUACUGGGAGCCCGAGGGGGACGCCCCCUCGGAGUGCAGGCUCAACGAUGAGACUUGGUACAUCUUGUCGUCGUGCAUCGGCUCUUUCUUCGCCCCGUGCCUCAUUAUGCUGCUGGUCUAUGCUCGCAUCUAUCGCGUGGCCAAGCUAAGGACCCGGACGCUCUCUGAAAAGCGCCCUCGGCCAGACAGCCCCUCCAACCAGACGGAGAACGGCUUGGCGCCGACGAGCGGCGUCUCCGCGCCCGUGCAGAUGCAGCCGCGGGAGUACGGCCAGUGCUCCGGUGCCCGCCGGGGGAAAGCCUCCGAGCUGGAGGACGUGGAGCCAGAGGAGAGCAGCACCUCGGAGAGCAGGCACCGGCAGAGCAGAGACGAGCCGCGAGCCAAGCCUAGCAAGAGGCAGCCAUCCUCCUCCUGCUCCUGCGCCUGCUCCUCCUCCUCCUCCUUCUCUAGGCGGUCCAGCAGCCGCUCUGUGGAGAUCUUUUCCUCGCAUCGCAGAAAACGCGGCAGCUUCUGCCAGAAGAGCAUCAGCCAAGCCCGUGAGAAGCGGUUCACUUUCGUCCUGGCUGUGGUCAUGGGAGUCUUUGUGGUCUGCUGGUUCCCUUUCUUCUUCAGCUACAGUUUGCACGGCAUCUGCAGAGAGGCCUGCGAAAUCCCAGAGACGCUCUUCAAAUUCUUCUUCUGGAUUGGCUACUGCAACAGUUCCCUCAAUCCCGUCAUCUAUACCAUCUUCAACCAGGAUUUCCGCAGAUCUUUCAAGCACAUCAUUUUUGGGAGAAGGAGGAAGAACAAAAAGCGGCUUUUCUUCCUGCAUUGA